CAUUUAUGCAUAUGAUGGCUUGUUAUUUAUCUUUUCUCUUUUCUUCUUCUUCGUUUUACGGCUUCCAUGGCAGCCCAUCUCACUCUGCAACUUUUUCAACUGUUCGACAACUCAAAAUCGUUCGGAUUAGAUGUCAGAAAAAGGACAGUAGAGAAUGCGCUUCUGCAUUCCAAUCCCCAUGUAACAGAGGAGAGAAAUGAUGGCUUUUCAGAUAAUAACCUCUUAACUGGGUAUUGGUCUAGAUGUUACACCGCCGAAAGGAAGCGUUCACUGAUAUCAGUAUCAGCUAAAAAUUCUUUUGUUAGUAUUGAUCAAAGUCAAAGCAAGAGGGAAAGCGAUGGUACUCUUACCACAACCAGUAGCCAGGAGAUAAAACUUAAUCGGGUGAAUUGCAUUGUGUGGGUACUGCAUGAAUCUUCUGGGAGCUUUUCCCAAGCAGUGGAGUCCCUUAGGCUACCUGGAAGUGGUCCAGAGCUUGCGAUGGCCUGGCUUGGGAAGGAUGUUCAUGCAUGGCAUAGACAUAUUGCUUAUCAGGUUGCAGUUUACGUUUUGAUGAAAACAGCAAUAGAUGUGGAGAUAUUGCUUUCACAUGAUCGACAGAAUGAAUUCUCACCUGUUAGAGAGAUAUUAACUCCUUUAAGAAAUCAGAUGAGAGAAUACAUUGAAAGGCAACUGAAAAUGAGGCAUCCUGAUUUAGUUCAGUGGUUUAGAAUCAGUGAAAUUCCACGUUUGGCAGGGUAUUUCAUUCCUCUUCUAAAGAAGUGGUCCAUGGAAUAUGCAGGAAGCGGUGUUGCAGGAAUUAUUGUGGCAAUAACCUGCUGCACUGCAGUGGUGAAAUUGGGUUCUGGGCACAUAUCCUGCCCCUUACUUAUCUCGUCUUUCAAAGGUGUUUUAGUCGAGCUCAUGGAUCAUUCCCUUGAUCUUGCAACAGUGGACAAGUUGCACCAUUUAGCAACUGAUGCGGGAUUCGAACUUGAUUUCUUGCGUCAUUUUGGGAAAAGGAUUCUUCCUAGUGAGAAAAUUGAGGACCUAGAGUUUUGGAUUGGGUUGGCACAUGAGAAACUCAUGAAAGCUUUCCAUGAAGAAAGCAUCAUAUCAAACAUGCAAAUUCUUCAGUGCAAGCCAGAUAGUCUGGCCACUCUGGGACUUUUUGCAUACCUUGGGCGAAGAACAAGAAUAUUUUUGUCAGCAGUGGCCAUUAAAGAUCUUGAUGACAUGGUUCAGGAUUUUCUCAGUUACCUGGAAUGUGGCUGCAUUUUCAUUUAUCCUGAGUUUUCCUCCAUUCCCGUGUAUCAGCUUUUCAUGGAGUUGGUAACUGAUGAAAUUGGAUGGCUUGAUUUUUAUGCCUCAUAUGCUCAAAUAAACUGUCAAGAGAAAAGGUCCAAGCCUCAUGCUCGCCAGGCAGAGAAAGAGAUUAUUUUAUAUGUAGUUUUUACUGUGUGCUAUGAUAUUUUCUCUGGCUUUGCUCACUUCAAUCGCUCUACUCAGCAGCCACUGGAGACAAAUUUGUUAUCAUACUUGUUUCGUAGUUGUAUGUUAUAUCUUUUUCUUCACAUUCCUAGUCAGGGCUUGCUGAGCAUCUGUCUGCAAGAGCACAGAGCUGCUUACGUCAAAUCAGGUGAAUCAUUUGAUAUUGUGGACUAUGCUGCCUUGAAUAAUGCCACACCGAGUAUUGGAGGUAGAAAUGGACACAAGUUAUCUUUGGCCUUUGAAGCACAACAAAAAUCACAUGAUUUAACUACAGAAGGAUCUCCAAAGAGUUAUUCUCAAUUUGGCUCUACGCUACAUAAGGCUCCAAUUUUAGACAAGGCAAAAUGUCAGCGAGGUACCUGUGUUGAAAAGAUAAAAUUUCUGUAUGAAAGUUUUAUCAGGAGAUAUUGCAUCAAGUUGGUUUCCGCAACCACUGAUAUCUGGAUGGGUACUCAGUUGCUCUACAUAGACAUCAAGGUUGCUCUAGAGCUACUUAUGAGGCAAGUACAUGGCUGCAAGGUUACAAGAAGGCAGAAAAAGAAGCUAGAAAGAACCUUAACCGACAUUAUCACACUAGUUCCUGUUACAGUUCUGAUGCUGCUUCCUGUGACAGCAGUAGGCCAUGCAGCCAUGCUAGCAGCAAUCAAGAAGUAUAUGCCAUUCUUAAUCCCCUCUCCAUAUUCUUCAGAACGUUUGGAUGUUGUGAAACAACUAAAGCGAACUAAAGAAAUGGAUGAUCAAUCGUGGGGUAACCCUGAAGAUCCAUCACCAACCUCUUCUUGACUCGAAAAAUUUCAUUUGGUUGAGGUUCAAAUGCGGUUUGGCCAAUUGACCAUCCUUGAAACAUUAGAGUGAUCUCUGACAAUCAGUUUUCUGUAAAUAGAAGUAUGAUAUAACAAGCAUUCUGAGAGGUUACUGAGUGUGUUGUAACAGAAGAUACGAUCAGAUUUGAUAGCUUUUCUUUCAGUAAAUGGAAAGUAUAGGAUUAUACAUAUUUAUUUAUGUGAAUUGACCAUGUGUACAAUUGUGAUUUAUUUGGACCA